GAAACUGAGGCCCGGAGAGAGGGAAUGACUGAUCUUAGGAUCACACUGGUGAGGCAGGGGCAGGAUUCGCAUUUCGGCUCUGGGCCUUCUGGAGUUCGUAGGGCUAUUCUGCACUGUGGGCAAGCAAACUGCACAGCUUUCCUGAGGUUCCGCUCCUUAUCGAAGUGGUGCGAAAAAACUUCUCUGGUGGGUGGAGGCCGGGGUCUGGCGGGCCCCGCCCCCAGAAACAUGCGCAAAGGUGCGCGGGCCUGGGGCUUUAAGGGGACUGGACGCGCAGCUCACUCUUCUCGCGGUGCCCGAGCUCGCGCACCACAGUCUCGAAGCAGCUGCGCGGGCGCAGGAGCAUCAUGGACGCGCCUAGCCCCGGGGAGCCUGGGGCGCUCGCCCCCGCGGAGGAGGCCCCGCGGAGUGAGAUCGCGGGCCGGUCCCGAGUCUGGCGGGGCUAUGGUCCCGUGGAGCCGAUCAUCUUCUUGGCCAGCUUCUCCUUGGUGCUGCAGGGACCACUCACCACCCAGUAUCUGUGGCACCGCCUGGGCGCAGAAGUGGGCUACAACGGCACUAGUCGGGGGGGCGGCUGCAACCACACCUUGGACCCCAAGCAGCAGGAAGUAGAGACGCUCACCUCCCACUGGAGUCUCUACAGCAAUCUGAGUGGCUUCUUCGUGGGGCUCUUUUCGGCCACCUUGCUGGGCCCAUGGAGUGACUCUGUUGGAAGACGCCCGCUGCUGGUGCUGGCCUCUCUCGGCCUCCUCCUUCAGGUCAUUUUGAACAUCCUGGUGGUAUCCCUGGACCUCCAUGUGGGCUUCCUUGUCCUGGGCCGCGUGCUCUGCGCCCUCUUUGGGGACUAUGGCUCCCUGCUAGGCUCUGGCUUCGCCUCUGUGGCCGACGUCAGCACCACCAGCACUCGGACCUUUCGCAUGGCCGUGCUGGAGGCCUGCCUAGGGAUAUCCGGUAUGUUGGCUGGCAUCUUGGGGGGCCACUGGAUCAAGGCUCAGGGCUACCAAAACCCCUUCUGGCUGGCGCUGGCCACGCUGAUCAUCACCACACUCUACGCAGCCUUGGUGUACCAAGAGUCAGUGCCCAGCCCGCAGAGAGUGCCUCUCUUCACCCUCCAUCACUACCGCUCUGUGUUCCACCUCUUCACGGCCCCUGCCCCAGGGAAAUCCAGGAAGCACUUGGCUCUCUACCUGCUCGCUCUCUUCCUAGUGCUCACCAUCCAUUCUGGCACCUGGGACAUCAUCGUCCUGUAUGAGCUCAGCUGGCCCCUGUGCUGGGGCUCCAAUCUGAUUGGCUACGGCUCGGCAGCCCAGCAUCUGUCCUACCUUGUCAGUGUGGCACAGGUGUGGCUCUUCCAGCUUUGCCUCCGUGACAGUUGGGUGGCCGAGGUCAGCCUCGCCUUCAACAUUGCCGGAAUGGUGGUGUUUUCGGUGGCCAAGACUACGACGCUGAUGUUUAUAGGGUAUGGGAUCCUUUCUUUCUCGUUGGUGAUUACCCCCGUGAUCCGAGCCAAGCUCUCCAGGCUGGUGGACAGAUCUGAACAGGGUGCUCUGUUCUCAUGCAUUGCCUGUGUGAGUGGAAUCGCCAUGAUGGUAGCCACAGGGAUCUUCAAUUCCCUCUAUCCGGCCACAUUGAACUUCAUGAAGGGCUUCCCCUUCCUCCUGGGAGCUUUCGUUCUUCUCAUCCCAGCCAUUCUGAUUGGGCUGCUGGAAAAAUCUGACCCUCGACCUGAAUACCAGAAGUCACUUCACUGAAGCCCCCUGACCCACCCUAUGGGACCAGCGGGAGAAAGGUGGGACCUCUGACCGCUGCUUCAGCAAACAGAGCAGGGCCCCACGCUGCUUGGCAGCCGGGCAGGGGUGGACUUCCACCCCAGAUCGCCGCUUCUACCCCAGGCCUCUCUGUUCUCAGAAGAGGAGGAGCCAGACGAGUGACCUCGAGCCACACCGGGAGGGGAAAUUCUCCUUUUGAGCACAUUUGGGACUAUUGAGAAAUAACAUUUCUUUGACCUCAAAAUUCUCUCCAGGCGCCUCCCUUUAGGGAAGUGGCUACAACAAAACCCUUCUUUGGGACGUGGAGAAGAUCUCGGCCCGUUCUUAUCCCUGCACAGAUAAGCCUCACCCCGGGAAGUGCCUUCUGUGCCCCUGAAAGAAGAGACCCUCUUCCUCCUGAAAAGAUGCUCAGGGGGAGAGCCAUCAAUCCCUCGAAGGGGCAGGCCAAAGGGGCCAUAAGCCUGAAAAGUUGACUCUUUUAUCCAACAGUUCUGGAAUUUUUACACCAACUCUAUUUGUACUCUUGUGAUUUUUUCUACUUCAAGAUUGCUUUAAAUGUUUCUUGAAAUCAUUUGGGGGUAGAGCUGUGCCCGAGGGCACGGGAGACUGAGCCAGUUUGAGCGUCGUUCUCUCCUAGCAAGAAAUGUUUGGAUGUGAGAUUAAGGUUAGAUGAAAUAAAAUUUUUCUAACAGGA